AUGCUUGUUCUUCUACGCGGGGCUGCUGCAUCCGCACUGCUGAGGACCACCGGCCACAUUCCCUCCCUUUGCUCGGUGCUGCAGGCCCAGUCUAUACGAUUGGAUCACCUCCGGAACCGUCCCUUUUCCACGUCGGCCCGCCUUUGGAGGACGAACAAGAAGAAAAGCUUGUGGCAGCAGCUGGAAGAAGGACGAACAACCAUGGACGGCGACAUGGAGAAAAUCCUCGCUCCUUUGAGGCUAGCAGUCAAGGAACAGGGGGAUCUGGUGCGCCAGAUGAAGCAGGAUGGUGCUCCUGACGUGGACAUAACCAAAGCGGUGGCUGAACUCAAAGCAAGAAAGCGGAAUCUGGAGGCCAAGGAGCUGGCGUUACAACCCAAAGACGACAUUGUUGACAGAACCAAGAUGGAAGACACCUUAAAGAGGCGUUUCUUUUAUGAUCAGGCUUUUGCUAUUUACGGAGGGGUGAGCGGCCUCUAUGACUUUGGGCCGGUGGGUUGCGCUUUGAAGAACAACAUCUUGCAGGCGUGGAGGCAGCACUUUAUCCAAGAGGAACAGAUCCUGGAGAUCGAUUGCACCAUGCUAACUCCAGAGCCCGUCCUUAAGACAUCAGGGCAUGUAGACAAGUUUGCUGACUACAUGGUGAAAGAUGUCAAGAAUGGCGAAUGCUUCAGGGCGGAUCACCUACUCAAAGCGCAUCUCCAGAAGAUGAUGGCUGACAAGAAGUGUACUGCAGAGAAAAAGGCAGAGAUGGAGAAUGUCAUCACACAGAUGGACAACUACACCCAGCAAGAGUUAACCGACCUUUUUGUCAAGUGCAACGUCAAGUCCCCCACCACAGGAAAUGACCUCACGCCUCCCAUCUCCUUUAACCUCAUGUUCCAGACCUCCAUCGGGCCAGGGGGAAACAUGCCAGGCUACCUGAGGCCUGAAACAGCUCAGGGAAUCUUCCUCAACUUCAAGCGACUGUUGGAGUUCAACCAGGGAAAACUCCCCUUCGCUGCUGCUCAGAUAGGAAACUCUUUCAGGAAUGAAAUCUCGCCUCGCUCCGGACUCAUCCGCGUCAGAGAGUUCACCAUGGCUGAGAUCGAGCACUUUGUGGACCCCAGUGAGAAAGUCCACCCCAAGUUCUCCAAUGUGGCCGACCUGGAGAUUCUUUUGUACUCCUCCAGGGCUCAGACCAGCGGCCAAUCUGCACAUAUCAUGAGGCUUGGAGAUGCUGUGGAGCAGGGUGUGGUCAACAACUCCGUCCUGGGGUAUUUCAUCGGUAGGAUCUACCUCUAUCUCACCAAAGUGGGAAUAGCCAAAGACAAGCUGCGUUUCCGCCAGCACAUGGACAACGAGAUGGCCCACUAUGCAUGCGACUGUUGGGAUGCCGAAACCAAAACAUCUUACGGUUGGAUUGAGAUUGUGGGGUGCGCUGACCGCUCCUGUUUUGACCUGAAAUGUCACGCCCAAGCCACCAAGGUGCCCCUGGUUGCCGAAAAGCCACUUAAAGAACCCAAAGUCGUAAACGUAGUCCAGUUUGAGCCCAACAAAGGAGUCAUCGGCAAGGCUUACAAAAAGGAUGCCAAGAUUGCCAUGGAGUACCUGGCUUCAUGCGAUGAGUGUUUCAUUGCAGAAAAGGAGCAACUUCUCAAUGAGACUGGAGAGUUCACCAUCGAGGUGGAGGGAAAGACAUUCAAACUGACCAAAGACAUGGUGGCCGUGAAGCGAUUCCAGAAGACACUACAUGUGGAGGAAGUGGUCCCGAAUGUCAUCGAGCCUUCGUUCGGUAUCGGUAGAAUCAUGUACACCAUCUUUGAGCACACCUUCCAUGUCAGAGAGGGCGACGAACAAAGGACUUUCUUCAGCUUCCCUGCGACUGUUGCACCAUACAAAUGUUCAAUUCUGCCUUUGAGUCAAAACCAAGAGUUUGUGCCAUUCGUGAAGCAGCUUUCCGAGGCCAUGACCAGAAAUGGUGUCUCCCACAAGGUGGAUGACUCCGCAGGGUCCAUCGGGAGACGAUACGCCCGGACGGAUGAGAUCGGUGUGGCGUUUGGCAUCACCAUUGAUUUCGACACAGUCAACAAGACGCCUCACACCGCUACCCUCAGGGAUCGUGACUCUAUGCGGCAGAUCCGUGCCGAGGUGAACGAGCUGCCUGUGAUCAUUCGGGAUUUGGCCAACGGUACGCUGACCUGGGCAGAUGUGGAAACAAAGUAUCCCACCUUUGAAGGACAGGAGACCAGCAAGAGGGACGCAGUUGAGGAGUGA